AGAGAGACACAUUUACUUCCUGUAUGUGUUUAUUUUUUUUUUAUUUUCUGUUAUGUUUUCCCGCAUCUCCUCCUGUCAGAAGGCUCUCUCAUGAGCAGAAGCAGGAGGGAGUGCAGAUAGGGACGCGAGACAAACGCCUGUGCCUCUCUCUACUGCAUUCACGUGUGCUAUGCGUGCUGCAGACUAAAUAAGACACCUCCAGUUUUGGAUUAUCUGUCUGGCGGUGCGCUGACUGCUGACUGCCUCCAGACUUGAAGGCCGCCCUCCUCCUUCUCUUUCUCCUCCCUUUCACACUGAAGGAAGAGUAGAGUAGAGACGGUCUACUGUUUGCCUCCUGCAGACUCCAGCCAUUCCUGACUUCUGGUCCAGCGACAUGAAUAAGAUGAAGAACUUCAAGAGGCGUUUCUCACUUUCUGUGCCACGAACAGAGACGAUAGAGGAGAACGAGUUUACCGAACAGAUAAACCAGCUCAACAUCCGCUGCAAUGACGGUGUGGUGCCCAAUAGUCUGGGUUUACACAGCCUGCAGCCCAGUCCAGUGGCUCCAGACAGCCAGGCUCAAUCUCCCACCCAACUGCAGUACCGCAACAAAGUCCAGCACCGCCGAUUCUCCAUGGAGGAUGUAACUAAGAGGAUGUCUCUGCCCAUGGAUAUUCGUCUCCCGCCAGAGUUUCUGAAGAAGUUACAGAUGGAAAGUCCUCCACCGUGCAAACCGCUCAGCCGCAUGUCCAGAAGAGCCUCACUGUCGGACAUUGGCUUUGGGAAACUGGAGACCUAUGUGAAGUUGGGCAAACUAGGAGAGGGCACAUACGCAACGGUAUUCAAAGGCCGCAGCAAACUCACAGAAAACCUGGUGGCCCUGAAAGAGAUUCGUCUGGAGCACGAAGAGGGCGCCCCAUGCACGGCCAUACGGGAAGGUAGCGUCCUCCUCCCUGAAAGACACAACUAUGAUUUCGAGCUCCCCAGUUGUUCAAAACCCACAUUGUCACGAAGAGUAUACAUUCUAAACUGGCAAGCCACAGGCAUCUUCUUCAGCCAGCCUGAAUCACACCAUCUAAAUGAGAUGGAGUACAUAUUUAUGUUCCAGCUUCUUCGUGGUUUAUCAUAUUGUCAUUUGAGGAAGAUUCUCCACCGGGACCUGAAGCCUCAGAAUCUGCUCAUUAAUGACAAGGGAGAACUCAAACUGGCAGACUUUGGUUUGGCCAGAGCAAAAUCAGUCCCAACAAAAACCUAUUCGAAUGAGGUUGUGACCUUGUGGUAUCGACCUCCUGAUGUCCUGCUGGGUUCUACAGAGUACUCAACACCGAUAGACAUGUGGGGCGUGGGCUGUAUCCUGUACGAAAUGGCGACAGGCCGUCCCAUGUUUCCUGGAUCGACUGUCAAAGAGGAACUACACCUGAUAUUUCGCCUCAUGGGCACCCCAACUGAGGAGACCUGGCCCAGAAUCACAGCUAAUGAAGAAUUUAAAUCCUACCUGUUUCCUCAGUACAGAGCACAAGCGCUCAUUAAUCAUGUGCCCAGGCUUGACACAGAGGGAAUAGAUCUUCUUACCGCUUUAUUGCUGUACGACACCAAGCGCAGGAUUGCGGCCGAGUCAUCUCUGAGACACUCUUACUUCCUGACUCUGGGCGAGAACAUUCACUCCAUACCUGACACCUCGUCUGUGUUUUCACUGAGGGAGAUCCAGCUACAGAAGGAUCUGGGACACAAGAGCUCAGUAUUUCAGCCGCUGGGUCGAGGCAAGAACCGCAGACAAAGCAUAUUCUGAAGACAAGAAUCAAAGUGGUGUGCAUGAAGAGAUCGCCAGAACAAAACCAUUAUGAAGCAAACAACUUUUUUUUCUCCAUUCAAAACAUGCAUGCAUCCAUUCACAUACACACCAAUUUAUUAGUCUGUACUUCAGAAAACGGACUGAAUAAAAGUGAAUCAUCCUCAGUCAUAACAUGCGCUGGUUACAAGUGUAACCAAGGCUAAAACAAAUCUCUCCUGCAGUCUAUUGUAAACCUAAAAACCACACUGAUCCU